AUGGAUGGAAGACUAGUGAUACUCCGGUAAAGUUGAUCAGGGCUGAGUCUGCCAGUUACUAAGUUCAUUAUACGUGAUGGUUGAGAUGCUGGUUUGUUCUGUGGAGCUAAGAGGAUUUAGUCUUGGUAUUGUUUCGCUUACAUCAAGGAUGGUAAUUGAAUCAGGGAUUUAAUACAUUGGUGGCUUCACUAAACUUCACUUUUUAAUUUACAAUUUGGAGUGAUUGUAUGCUAAAGUGUCGUAGAAGCAGAGUGCAUUUAUUUUAGAACCAUUCGGUUAGAAUGUCUCUCAUAACAGCACGCCUUCAAGUUAUUCUUUUUCUUUAAAAAAUAAGACUGUGCUAUAACAUACAAACUUUUAACUGGACAUGAAUGUAUCGUGCCAAACUGCCAAGUAUUACUUAAUAUUGAGUUACAAACACGAUGUUUUAGUCUCAAUAUGCACUCCCAUCUUGAUGGAGUGACGAGCGUGGCAUAGAGACCAGUCUAUUCUCUUUAUUGGCAGCAAGUACCCAGUCAAAAACACGCCCCUGAGCUUAGACUUCUAAGACUGGUUGACGCCAUGGGCGCCGCGGUGCUUUGCCAAAAGUCGGUUCAAGUGGAGCCCAGUAACCAGCCCGAGCUGAAGAGCGUGCAUCUAAAGGGCGAAGGGAGCCCCGAAUCCAGCUCUACCUCCCGGAGGAUGCUAGAGGAGCCACGAGAGAAUGGAGUGAGAUCAUCUGACUUUUCCCAAAUGCAGAAAACUGGACAUGACCCUGCAGUCCAUGGAGCUAAACUUGACGACAGAAACUACAAUAAUGAGGGGUUUAAGAGGAAACCAGGCGCCGGAACUGACCAGCAGCAGAACAACGCAGCAGUCCUGAUACAGACCCAGUACCGACAGAAAGAAGCCAAGGAAGAAGUCCAGGAGCUCCGCAUGGAACAGGCAGCCAUCAAGAUCCAGUCUGGGUUCAGAGGUCACAUGGACCGAGAGCAAGUCAGAAAGAUGAGGGCUGAGCUGGCAGAACAAGAGCGGGCCAUGAAGAAAAAAGUGGACGGCAUAGACAUAGACCUUACAGAUCCGGAAGUAGUCAAGGCGGCCUCGUUUAUUCAAUCCGGAUUUAAAGGCUUCAAGGCCAGGCAGCAGGCGCAGGACACCAUUGAUGAGAAACAAGCCGUCAAAAUGAAACGUUUCCUGGAUAACGAAAGAGCUGCCAUCAAAAUCCAGGCAGGGUUCAGAGGUCACCUCGUUAGGAAAGAAAUGAAAAAGGCCAAAAACGAAAAUCACAGAAAAUCAAAAAGUGAUUCGGUUGAACUCCAGGACCAAGUAUUCAAUCAGGCCGCGACAAAAAUUCAGGCCAAUUUCCGGGGACAUUUGGUGCGCAAGGACUCAAGGAAGACAACUCCAAAUAUUGAGGGAAAUGUUGAGCUAUCCCAAGAAAUGAAUGAUGGGGUUGAGAUAGAUAAUACCGAUGACAGUAGAAUCAAUGACGCAGCGACAAAAAUCCAAGCUGGCGUUAGGGGACUGUUAACCAGAAAACACAUUCUGGAAGAAAAGAUUACUGACUUGAAAGACCCUGACAUUCGCAACGCUGCCAAACACAUCGAGUCCGGAUUUAAAGGUCUCAAGGAAAGGGAAGAAGCUAUAGCGAAAAGUGAAGACGAUAUCAAUGAUUCAGACAACCACCCCCGAGACACAUUCAACAACGGCGACGUCGACGAGGUGCAAGUGGACGAGAUGAUGUUUGACGACAGCUCGGCCCAGGCAGCUGUCAAGAUACAGUCUGGAUUCCGUGGCUACCGAGCCAGGAGACAGCUGAAGGACAACAAAGAAGCAGACCAGGACCAGACUGAGAUGGAGGAGGGCGGGGUAGACAAUGAAAUUGCCGACGACGCUGGAGGUGAAGCCGAUGAGGAAUUGCACAGUCCUGAAGCGGACCUAGCGGCUACAAAGAUUCAGGCUGGGUUUAAAGGCUACAAAGUUCGCAAAGAGCUUCGGGGUAAGCUGCAGCAUGGGGAACUUGAGGAGACAGGUGCUGAAGAAAGAGAUGAAACUCAGGAGGACAGCACCACAGAUUUGAAUUUAGAUAGCCCAGAAAUGGAAUCGGCAGCUGUUAAAAUUCAAGCCGGGUUUAAAGGAAUGAAAGCGAGAAAAGAGGUCAAGGCCAUGCUUGCUGAAAGACAGCAUGGAGAAGAGGACGGAGAUGUAGAGGGACAUGCCGCUGAGGGUGCAUCAUUAAUAGAAGUUGAAGAGAGUGAAUUGGUAGAAGCUGAAGACCACAUCGAAGACGCAGUCGAAGAGCAAGAAAUAGAGAGUGCUGCUGCCGCUGGUGAAGAAUCAUUGGAUGAGAUAGCAGCUAGCCAUCAAGUAGAAGAAGAAGCAGAUGACCAAACAGCUGAAGAUACAGCAGCAAAUGACCAAACAGCUGAAGAUACAGCAGCCGAUGACCAAACAGCUGAAGAAACAGCAGCGGAUGAGCAAACAGCUGAAGAGACAUUAGCCGAGGAGACAGCUGCAGAUGAACCUGCAGCUGAGGACCCAACAGCUGAGGAGACAACAGAGGACCAGACAGCGGAAGACCCAACAGCCGAAGACCCGACAGCCGACGAUGUCACAACAGCAGAAGAUCAAACAGAAGACCAGACGACAGAAGACUAACUUCCCUAACAAUUUCUUUGAACUAUUUAAAAUUACUCUAAGACAGACAAAAAGACAGACAAAAACUUGUUUUCUUAAAAAUGAGACGGACUAUAUCUUCCUCUUAGUUUCAUUGAAAAGAAAACAAAAAAUUUACCACGGACAAUGUAAACUAGACCCAAUAAUUUGUUGUUUUGUUCUGAAGACAGACUUAGAGAAUCAAUCUGACAUCUUUCUCGCCUUCUCUGUGAUUUAGGUUCAUACUUGUUUACUAAAUACAAUGCCACUUUUUAUAAAUACAUAUAACUACAUUUAUAGGAAAAGUUACUUCGGAAUCUAUAUUUCAUUAUAAAGAUAACACACUUAUAUUACAGACGUAAUAAGUCAGCUUGAGUAGUAAGAUGAUUCCUCACUUGGUGUUUAGAUGUUGAAACUGUUGAUGUUGUUAGAUAAACACCUUAUAUCUUUUUCUCUUCCAUCAGAAGUGUCUGGAGAGUCUCUUAUUUUGAGUUAUUUGUAGUUCUCUUGUAUUAUGACUUUUGGCAUGCCAAUGUCAAUGCUGGAUCAAACACUCUUAUAUGCAAUUGUAUAACGUGUUAAUAUUCAAUAGAAGACCUUUAUGGCCGGAAAUAAAACUUCAAACGUUGAAUGACAAUAGUAGACUCUGACUUGUGUAUUCAACACCCUUCGCUAGCUAUGUUGGUUUAUUAUUACAUCCAAAUCAUUUCUUAUUUUAGAGAGAAUCAGCGUAUUAUUUGACAUAUUUUUGAUUAUAAUUUAUGAAGUUUGGACCUAAGUUUAUUAAGUAUGCAAACUUAACACAGUUCUUUUGAAAUCUAAUUUAUACGUUAUAUUUAGAAGGGAUUAAAAAAGAGGGAUCUGUGUAUAUACAGCAUUGUGCUAUUAAGUUGAUUACGGACAGCCUAUGUAUUUAUAUAUUCUAUCACUAAGUUGUGAUCCAUUUCUAAAACAUUUUAUUACGUUUAUUUCAUACUGGAUGAUUACAUACAGUCUUUUGGAUGUCAUUGUUUUUUUUUAUUUUAUUUUAUAAUUAUGUCACAUUGGAAUUAAUUUGAAUAAAUUAUACACAUUUCCAAAA